AAAGCACCACAGAGAUGCAACUCAAAGCCGGAAGAAACGUAUCAUCAAUGCACUGGCUGGGAGCACAUUUGUGUCAUGUGAAUAGACAUGACAAAAACGGCCCUCCUCAAACUAUUUGUGGCGAUAAUAAUCACAAUCAUUUUAAUUUUGCCAGAAUAUUUCAAGACACCAAAAGGAAACGUGUUGGAGCUAUCUUGUCUGGAAGUGUGUUUACAACCUAAUUUCACCUAUUCACUCCCUUCAUUAAAUUUUUCUUUCAUGACCCUUCUGCAACCAGUAAGGGAAAGUCAGAUUAUUAGAGGAAUCUUUCUAAAUCACUCCAACUUUCAAAACUUCACCAAGAUUUGUGAAGACAUCAUGAAUGAAUUUAAAAUAUGCUCCUCAUGUUUGGUUUGUGAGUCCAAAGGCAACAUAGAUUUUAUUUCUCAGGAACAAACAUCAAAAGUUCUUGUCAUGAGAGGAUCAACGAAUGUGAAAGCAAGUGAUUUUCUUUUACCUUGUCAACAUUUUAACUUCACUGUAGCUUCAAUAGUUGACCAUUUGGAGGAAUACAACACUACCUGUAACCUAAAUACCCACACUAGGAAGUCACCUAUCAUGGUGGAAGACCCAACCAAAGAAAAUUCUAUAAACCAUUCUUGUAGAAUUACUGAAGGCCAGAAUAACUGUAUACAUGUUUCUUUGCACCUAGAAAUGGAUGUAAAAAAUUUCAUUUGUUCCGUGAAGAUCACUUGGUAUGUUUUAGUUCUGUUAAUUUUUAUAUUAUUGAUCAUCUUCAUUAUCCAUAAAAUACUUGAAGGCCAUAGGAGAAUGCGGAAAUGGCAGAGUCAUAAAUACAGGCCUACAUCUGUUCUCUUAAGAGAGAGUGAUUCUGAGAAACUGAGAACAUUGAACGUGCAGGUUAUUUCAGGAGAGACCACACAGAGGAGGCCCCUGACUCAGGCCAGCGUGCUGCUUGCCCCAAUACCAGAACUAGAAGUCACUUCUGGAAUGCAUCAGUGAGAUCGAUAUACACAAUUAUCCAUCUGAAUUCCUCUGGACAACUUGGACUGAACUUUUUUGAAGAAUGCUCCUAAUUUUAUUCUGGGAAUGAGUAACCUGGUGAAUGUUUGGGUCCAACUGAAGGAUGUGCAAUAGGAAAGCAGACUGGCUGAUGAAAAUUAGCUAAAGAGCAUUCAUAUGACCCACGGGAGCAAGGGGAAAAGAGUCUUUUCCAGAAGCCAUUAUGAGUCAUGGAAAACAAGCUGUGGAAAUCUAUAGAAAGAGCAAGAGAAUUCUUAUUCUCCUUGCUUAACAGUUUAACAUGGCCCCAAGGUGUUAAUUUUGAGGAACCAAACACACUGUCAAGGAUGACAAUCUUUCUUCUUAUUGGCACACAUCACAGAUUACAAUUUGAUGGUUUUUCCUCUACAGAUGGAUUGUUUCCAUGUGGCAAAUUACUUAAGAGUGUCUGGGUUGUUUGUUUCUACUUUUGUUCAAAUUUAUAAAUUUUGCCUAUUGUUGGCAUUGGUGGUUUUUUUUUUUAAUUCAAAGAUACCAAAAUAAAAUGAAUUUAAAUACUUGAAAAUUUAAAUCUAAUAACAAAAUGUUUCCUCUGGUUCUUUUGGCUUACUGUUACAGCCAUCAUUGAUGUCAGCAAUCAUGAUAAUAAUAACUAUAGUUAUUAAAUGCAAUGAAAGGCACAUACAGGUAAGAAGAGUGCAGCUCUUAACACUGAAAAAUAUAAAAAUAGACUCCCAGAAUGAAGGUGGAUCUUACUCUCCUGGCAUCAUUAUAUGAUUAGUUAAAAGUGCUUGUCUGUGUAGUUUUCCAGAGGCUGGACUGCAGGGUCAGAUUUAAUAUCGGGCCACCUGAUAGGAAUGAGUUAUUUUGACACACAGAGGUUUUUCUGGUACUUCAGUCUUUUUGCUAGAUCACAAAUUGAGAUUCUAAUUGUAAAAUUUAGGGAUGAAAAUUUGGCAAAUGGAAUCCUACUAGUCUCACUUUUUCUUGUCUAUGUAUCCCUAAUUAAUAGGUAGCCCAACCUCAAGUCUGGGAUUUUUCAGCAGGAGUUUAGGGGUGUCACACUCUUAACCAUUGCCAUUGAGUGGAUUCCUACUAAUAGCAACCCUAUAGGACGGAGUAGAACUGCCCCAUAGGGUUUCUAAGGCUGUAAUCUACAGAAACAGACUGCCAAUCUUUCUCUGCAGAGCGGCUGGUGGGUUUGAACCACUGACCUUUCAGUUAGCAGCCGAGCAUGUAGCCAGAGUGCCUCCAGGGCUCCUUGUCACAUUCUUAGAAGUAUGAAUAUUAUUUGAUUUCUGAGAACCAAAUUAUUAUCUCCCUGCACAUCACCUAGCAUACUCAGAAAAAUGACUUGAAAAUCAAUGGGAACUUGGCUUACAAAAGGUUUAAAUUAGGCUUCAAGUUCUGGUAAACUAAGGCAGCUUUCUGAAAGCUAAUGAUUUAACUUAUUUAUUAAAAUAGUAGACUUUAACACAUAGUGUGAAACAUACAGAGAUGGAGAUGAUCUGUUCUCUGCCCACAAGGAGCUUACAAUUUGGUAGAGAAUACAGGACAUGCAUACCACUGGUUAUGGUACUAGACACAAUAGGGUAGGUGUCGUUUCAAGGCUGCAUGCUUCCUGCAGAGAAUUUAGAGGCCAGUAGAAUAAUUUCUGUUAUCUCUAAUUUCUGUCAAGUUGACUGACUCAUGGCAACCCCUUGUACAACAGAAAGAAAUAUUGCCUGGUCCUGUGCCAUCUUCACGAUCAUUGGUAUCUUCACGUCCAUUGUUGAGGCCACUGUGUAUUUUGAGUGUCUUCCAACCAAGGGGCUCGUCAUCCAAAGCUGAAUAAGACAAUAUUCUGUUGUGAUCCACAGGGUUUCACUGGCUGACUUUCAUAAGUAGAUUGCCAAGCCUUUCCUACUAGUCUGUCUUAGUUUGGAAGUCUACUAAAAUCUGACCACUAUGGAUGACCCAGCUGGUAUUUGAAAUACCCGUGGCAUAGCUUCUAGCAUCAAAGCAACACCCAAGCCACCACAGUAAGACAAAAUGACAGACAGCUGGUGGAGUAUAUUUUCUAGCUGGAGGGUCAACAGAACAUGCUUCUGGAGAAGUUGAUUUUUGAAGAUAGCUUUUGCUGAUUUCUUAGAAUAGAUCAAAGCUCCGAAAUAUAUACUUUCUCAGCACUCAUAGCCCUUUUCGUGGCCCAUAAGUACAAUUAUCUGUAUCAUUAUUAGUUAAUGUCUGUCUCCUUUUCUAGACUGUAAGCUGCAUGAGGGUAGGGAACAUGUCUGGUUUUGCUCAUCAUAGUAUCCCAAGCAGCUGAUACGGCACCUGGCUCACAUUAGGUUCUUAGUAAAUGUUUAGUGGAUAAAGAACUAUUUACUGAGACCCCACUGUAUACCAGGCAUGUGACAUGUGUUCUCUUGUUUCUUCCUCACAAUGACUCCUUGAGAUUCAGGUCAUUAUUGCUGAGAAAGCUGAGGCCAAGGAAAGCUCACCAAUUUGCUGAAGGUCUGAUGGCUAAUACAUGGAUUCAAUCCUACGUCUGCCAGGGUGCAAAGCCUGUGCUGCUACCACUACCUGCACUGUGGGGAGAAUGGUGCCGUGCCACGAGGCUAUCAUACUUGUUCAUUCCUUGAGUGAAUAGAGUGGAAUUAGAGGAUCGGAAAGAUGGGUGAUAAAGGAGAGAUUAUGAAGAGAGAAUUGGUGGUGGUUGGCAAAUGUUUUGAUGAAGGCUGAGAGUGGAGCCUCUGUGGAAAAAACUAGUGCCCAAACUAAUAGCUGCUGUUUUCUGGUUUCUUGAAGAAUUUUCACUUUCCAGAUAAGUCCAUCCAAAAGCUCUACUUUCAUAACAGCUGCAAGUUCUACUGUCUUCGCCCCACCCCCAUCCUGUACUUAUUCAUCCUGGAUGGAUCAGUUGUUCAUUCACACCUUGCGACUCCUGUCCUUUCUUCCUAUUGUUACUUUAUUCUUCCCUUCCAUCUUUGGAAAUACUCUUUGGUCUUCAAGGGCAUAUAAGCCACCUUGUCCUUGAAGGUUCCUUGUCUACCUCAGGAGGAAUAAUGUCUCUUUUUUCUGUGUUUCCCAUAAGAUUUAGUAUUCUUACCAUAGUAGUUCUCACAUUCUGCCUUGAACCACAGCUAGCUGUAUUCAUGUCUGUUUCUCAUCAGACUGUGAGUGUGGACCGUAUCCUCUCCAGCUUCUGAGUUCCCAACCACUCACUCCUCCCCAACCUGCUCCUCCCUCACAACACUAAUCUUGGUUAAUGGAGUUUGAUAGAUGUUGGUUGUAAAUUCAGGAUAGUGGUUACCUCUCAGAGAAUGGAGCAGGGGAUGAAAUUGGGGCUCUACACACCAGGAACUUCUUAAGACAAUGGUACUGUUCUUCUAUAAACUCAGUGGUGGAUAUAUGGGAAUUCGUUGUAUCAUAACUAUAUAUAACUCUAUUCACUUAAAUAUAUUUAAAACCUUCCUUUGUAUCUACUCAAUAUUUAAUAAAACAAAAUUUUCAAAAGACAAAUAUUACACUGAAUUGCAUCCUUUCUCUUCCUCUCUAUCUGUCAGUAGGUAACUUCUGUCUGUCUGUCUCUCUAUUUAUCUAUCUUUCUGUCUCCCAAAUCUAUUCCUUUCCCUUACUAUAAGACUGGGUGGGAUAAGGACUUGGAUUCAAUCUUCUGACGCAGUGUAUUAUCGUAAUUUGAUUUUGUUUACUUUCUUCUCAGUCUCCUUGUUUAUUUUACUUCUCUUUUCUCGCCUACAUCUUUCUCAACCAUCUCCUAAUAUUUGUGCUAUUCUGAUGGGUAGACUUAAAAAAAUUUUUUUUUAAUCUAAAUAAGAUAUGUUAUCAGAUUAACCUAGAGGCAAGGCAACCCAAAGAUAUGUUUUAAAAAUCCACUGUGAACUGGGAAUCAUGCGCUUGCUUUAGUAAAGACAGAAUAAUUAGAAUCUUCAGUGAUUUGAAGGACAAGAUAGACUGCGCAUAAUGGACAGGAGAAAUGCAGAGCAUUUUGGCAAAUAAUAUUUCACAGAAUCAUCCAGAUGAGUUACUUUUACUCCCUGAGGGUUAAGGCUGUUACCAGAGAUAAAUAUGGGGAUAACAUUGCUGCUUACUGGAAAAAUACCACUUUAUGGCUUAUCAGUUAAAAUACUUUCACCUGCAAGCAACAGCAGAUACAAGUCAAAAGGACUUAAAUGAUAUGAUUUAUUAUCUUACCUAACAGAAAAUUCUAAAUAGAGUGCUUUCAGGGGUUGUUAAUUCAAGGACUUGAAUCAUUAAGUACCCAGGCUCUUCCCCGCUUUCGCUUCUGCCAUCUUCAGCUUGUUGGCGUUUGUCGUUAGGCUUCCC